GAAGAUGCUGAGGUGACCAAAGCUUUUGAAGAAGACAUAGAAACCCACCAAUAAGAAACAUUCCUUCUCCCGGACAGCUGGACCCAGACACGCGGAUCCCUGUUAUAAAUCUUGAAGAUGGGACGAGGCUGGUGGGGAAGAUGCUCCUAAAAACAAGGAUUUAGUUGAGUGGCUGAAGUUGCAUCCUACUUACACUGUUGACAUGCCAAGUUAUGUACCAAAGAAUGCAGAUGUGCUGUUUUCCUCGUUUCAGAAACCGAAACAGAAACGACAUAGAUGUCGAAAUCCUAAUAAAUUGGAUAUAAACACUUUGACAGGAGAAGAAAGGGUGCCUGUUGUUAAUAAACGAAAUGGGAAGAAGAUGGGUGGGGCUAUGGCGCCUCCAAUGAAGGAUCUACCCAGGUGGCUGGAAGAAAAUCCUGAAUUUGCAGUUGCUCCAGACUGGACUGAUAUAGUUAAGCAGUCUGGUUUUGUUCCUGAGUCAAUGUUUGACCGUCUUCUUACUGGACCUGUGGUUCGAGGAGAAGGAGCGAGCAGGAGAGGAAGAAGGCCCAAGAGUGAAAUUGCCCGAGCAGCCGCAGCGGCUGCUGCUGUUGCCUCCACUUCAGGGAUCAACCCUCUGUUGGUGAACAGCCUGUUUGCUGGGAUGGACUUGACGAGCCUUCAGAAUCUCCAGAACCUCCAGUCUCUCCAGCUGGCAGGUCUCAUGGGCUUCCCUCCAGGACUGGCAACAGCUGCCACUGCCGGAGGCGAUGCUAAGAACCCUGCUGCCGUGCUGCCCCUGAUGCUGCCAGGAAUGGCUGGCCUGCCCAAUGUGUUUGGACUGGGUGGGCUGCUGAACAACCCUCUCUCAGCUGCUACUGGAAACACCACUACUGCUUCUAGUCAAGGAGAACCGGAAGACGGCACUUCAAAAGUUGAAGAGAAAGGAAAUGAAAAUGAAGAUGAGAACAAAGACUCUGAGAAAAGCACAGAUGCUGUUUCGGCUACUGACUCUGCAAAUGGAUCUGUUGGUGCUGCUACUGCCCCGGCUGGAUUGCCCUCCAACCCAUUAGCCUUCAACCCCUUCCUCUUGUCCACCAUGGCCCCAGGCCUCUUCUACCCAUCCAUGUUUCUACCUCCAGGAUUGGGGGGAUUGACGCUGCCUGGGUUCCCAGCUUUGGCAGGACUCCAGAAUGCUGUGGGCUCCAGUGAAGAAAAGGCUGCUGAUAAGGCCGAGGGAGGCCCCUGUAAAGAUGGAGAGAACCUCGAAGGCAGUGAUGCUGAGGAGAGCCUGGACAAGACUGCAGAGUCCUCCAUCUUAGAAGAUGAAAUAGCACAGGGUGAAGAGCUAGACUCACUUGAUGGGGGGGAUGAAAUAGAAAAUGAUGAAUAACCAGUACCAGUUCCAGUUAAAGUGUUUAAAACUUUUGACAAGUGGUAGUCCUACUGUUUACACUCACAGUUAAUGUUCAUACCUAGUUUUAUAAGCUGUUCUGUAACAUAGUGUAGCAAAAAGAAAAAGGAAAAAAAAAAGUCCAAGUCAUGUUAUACAGGUGUGUCAAAAGGUAUCUUGGUCAUUAAGUAUUGUGCAGUGCAUUAUUUAUUAUCCCUAGGAGAGAUGAAAUUUGAGAAGUGAUCAUGUCUUUUUAAGGAAACCUACAUAAUGCUCUGCUUUUUUUCUUUUGGUACCAUUGGUAUUAUAAUAAAGAGCAAUUUGUAACUGAGUGGCACUAAUGGAAGGAAGUGCUGCUCAAAGGAAGAAUGAAGUUAUAUAUUUAAGUUUUUAACUUUAACUUUUAAUUUUUUUGCUGUGAAGGUCAAGAUGAAAUUUACCAUACAUAUCAUACUUGCUCAUUCAUUUCCCUUUUGACUGUAUGGGGGUUCCCACACUUGCGCAUACACACACAUCCAUACACUCUGACAAUCUCCACGUUAGUGUGAACGUCUCUGUCCUGAGGCGCAGCAAUAAUAAGGCAGCUGUUGAAUGUGAAGGGUCCCUUUGGAAAAUUAACCUACUGGGAGGGUUCUUGCCAGACAGAACUACAGUUCCAUUGUCUCGUGGUCUUGUAAUGCACUGGUAUAAACAAAAUAAAUAGAAGAUUAAAAAAUAAAGAGAGAAGUGAGAAUCAGGUACCUUUUUUAAAUUAAAGGACUUUGUUACUUUAGCCACAAAGCUAAAACAGCAUUACCUCAGCUCUAAACUAGCCUUGAAGUUUACAGACAUGACUUUGUAAAUGUAUUGUUUUUCUUUGUUGUGAUGUCCUUUUAUUUUUUUCUUUGAAAACUGCUAUCAUGUAAGAUAAAAUGUAAAUUGCUGCCAACUGUAGUAAUGAUGCUUUUAAUAAAAGUGACCCAUGAUAUGCAGAGAUGUAAUUAUAGAAUGUAGUAUGUAGGGGAACUGGUGUUCACUCUAUUUUUUGUAUUCUCAAUAGAUGCAAAUGUAGCAUUCUGGCUUUUGUAUAGUUUUCUGAUACAUCCUCAUACUAGAUUAGCUGUUAGUAGCACACUAAACU